GCGCCCCGCCCCUUCCGGUGAUGGCGGCGCGCUGAGGCGGCGCGGCCCCGCGGAACCGGCAGCAUGCACUCGGACGAUGUCGUCUGGGAUAUGCUGGGAAACAGACAGUUCUGCUCCUACAAGAUAACAACGAAGACCCAGAACUUCUGCCGCAAUGAGUACAACCUCACCGGCCUCUGCAACCGCUCCUCCUGCCCGCUGGCCAACAGCCAGUAUGCCACCAUCAGGGAGGAGAAAGGCCGCUGUUACCUGUACAUGAAGGCAAUAGAGCGAGCACCCUUCCCCCGCCGCCUCUGGGAGCGGGUCCUGCUAAGCAAGAACUACGAGAAAGCCCUGGAGGAGAUCGACGAGAACCUCAUCUACUGGCCGCGGUUCCUGCGGCACAAGUGCAAGCAGCGCUUCACCAAGAUCACGCAGUACCUGAUCCGCAUCCGCAAGCUGACGCUCAGGCGGCAGAGGAAGCUCGUUCCUUUACGCAGGAAGAUUGAGAGGCGAGAGAAGAGGAGAGAGGAGAAGGCCCUGAUUGCUGCCCAGCUGGAUAAUGCCAUUGAGAAGGAAUUGCUGGAAAGACUAAAGCAGGACACAUAUGGAGACAUCUACAACUUCCCCAUCCAUGCCUUUGACAAAGCUCUGCAGCAGCAGGAAGCCGAGAGCGAGAGCGAGUCUGAAGCAGAGAAGGAAGAGGAAGAUGAUGAGGACAUGGAUAAAAGGGAGUUUGUGGAAGCAGAUGACAGUGACCUCAGUGACUUUGAGGACAUGGAUAAAUUGGAGACCAGUAGUGAAGAGGAGCAGGAAGAGGAGGAAGAAGUAGAGAAAAAAGCCUCUCAAGCCUCUCACUCCAAAUCCAAAGGGAAAACUCCCCUGAAAGGCCCAGCCAGGAGAAAACGUCCCUACAUUGAGAUAGAGUAUGAGGAAGAGACAGAGCCAGCCAGCAAAACAAAGGCAGCUUGAGCCCUACCUGAACCCCCACUCUGUACUGAAGGACAGGACCCCAGCUGCCACCACCACUCCUUCCAGCUUUGCAGGACCCUCAACAACUCCUCCUUUUCCCAUACACUAAUGAUUGUCUUUCAAAAAAGAAGGGUUUCUGUCCUGACUCCAGGCACUGCAGCCAGCCUGUACAGCCCCCCCUGUCCCCAUGAAGCACAGCCUGAAGGAAGAGGCCUUCCCAGCUUCUCUUCAACCCCACAGCUCAGGCUGUGCUCCAGGAAGGAACCUGGCUGGGGGGACACUGCUGCUUGCUUCUGGAGAAGCCCACAGGAGGCAUGGGGGAGCACAUCAAUGUGUCUGCUUUGGGUGAGGGGUGCAGGGUGGCAUGAG